AUGGCCCGGUCUCAGCGGAGCCAGGAAGCCAGCCCAGGGGACACUCACUGCCCUGAACCUGACGUUGGUUUCGAGGAUGACCAUGUUGAGACUGCACAAGAAAUACCAGUGAAUGAAGUGUCAGAGAAUGAAGCUCUUUCUCCCAUACAUGUCACAGACAGGAUAUCUUUUAUUGAUUUAGCCAAUAAGCAACUCCAAACCAUCUCUCCAGAGGUCUUGAGUCUAGAAUAUCUGGAGGAGCUGCAUAUGGAAAAGAACCAAAUUACAAGCAUCCCCGGUGACAUCAAUUGCCUGAGGCACGUGAAGAUCCUCUACUUGGACCAGAAUCACAUAGAGGACAUACGUGAAGACCUAGGGGAACUGCAAUGUCCUCUGAGCUCUGAUUUAAGUAACAAUGCCCUCUCCUGUAGUUCGCUGCCAGUUAUCAGCAAGUUGCAGUCCCUUCAUCAGCUCAGGCUCUAUAAAACAAACUCGCACGAAAUCCCAGUGUAGAUCUGCGAGUACCUCACCCACGUUGAACUGCUUGGCCUUGCUGACAAUCAUCUCAAGUGUCUGCCUAAAGAAAUAGUGAACCUGACAAAACUGAAGGAAAUUUACCUCCAGAAAAAUAGGUUUGGAAGUUUUCCCAAGGAGCUUUGUCAUAUUGCUAAUUUAGAAAUAGUAGAUCUGGAAUAAAAUCUAAUCAGUCUCAUCCCAGAAGAGGUAGGCUUUUUGACAAACUUAGUUAAGCUAUUUUUAGCUUUUAAUAACUUAUCCUCCAUUCCUCCUACACUGCAACACUGCCAGAAGCUGGCUGUGCUGGAUCUGUCUCAUAAUCUCCUGCACAAGCUUCCCCCAGGUUUGAAGAAUCUCACUGAAAUGAGAGUGCUCAGACUGUCUGCUAACAGCCGGGAGAAGUUCCCACACCAGAUUUGCUGCUGGCUAUCCCUUUCCCGUGUUUAUCCGAGGAACACUGGACUGUGCACAGUACCCAGGUCCUUUAACAGAUUAACCGCUGUCAGGAUGCUGGAUCUAAUUGAAAAUUGCUUUGCUGAUAUUCCUAAAGGAAUAUGCACUAUGAAAAACCUGGAAGUAUUGGCCCUGGAUGACAAUCAGAUACGGGAGGUACCUGCAGAGAUGAAAGAACUGACAAAUUUGAAAUGCCUUAGCCUGUCUGAAAACGAAUUCGGUAUCUUUCCAAAGGAAAUCUUUCUCCUGGAGCCAGUAGAGAGAUUAUACCUGGGACAAAAUAAAGGAAUUAAAUUCACAAGCCUGCCAGAAGACAUCAUCAAAUUUCAGAAUCUGAAAGAACUGCAUAUGGAGAAUAAUAGUCAGUAGUACCUGCCUGCAGCCAUCAGCUCGUCGACCCACUUGAAAAUACUUGACUGUCGCAACGAUCUCCUUAAACAGCUCCCAGACUCUGUUUGCCAAAUACAAGGUUUGCAAAACCUGCUCAUUCAGAGCAAUCCGCUGUCCCAGCUGCCCAAGGAUUUGGGCAGCCUUCAGCAGCUGGAGCUGGUCCUUGUGGAUGGGAACCCUACGACAGGUCCUCCGACUGAAGCGUGCUGUCAGGGGACAUCUGCCAUCUGGGAAUACUUACAGGAAAAAAGGUGUAAAAAGGCCAUGAACUCAAGGAUCUGAAGUUUGUGGCGUGGGUUGAUGAACCAGAAGGGGUUAGGACCUUUCUUGACACUUAAGAAUCUAGCGGGGCAAAAAGAAAGAAAGAAGGAAAAGAAAGGAAAAGUAAAGGGCAAAGAGAAGCCUGUAGAGGGGUCAAAAGCCAAAAAGUUACAUUUGGGCAGCAAACUGCACCUUUCAUUUACCAGAAGGGCAAAUGAGAGCAGAGGUAAGCGAGGAGGAUACAAGCAGUAUUAA